AGUAAAAUUUCCUGUAGAAUUAAUAUUAAAACUAGCCAUUUAUUUUGCUUUGGGUCUUUAAAGAGAUCAAACAGGCUUCUUAUAUAACUUGCAAGCAUUAGCCGAUGCCUUAGUCACUUGGCCUUUGGAGGUACAAAGAGUUGUAUUGAUGUUCUUGUUAAAACCUUACAAUUGUGUCCAAGUUUUGUUUGAUUGUCUGAAGAUUUCCUGAAAAACUGGUGGUAAUGUCACCAACCAAAAUCACAUGCCUGGGAGUAGCCAGUAUAUGUGUUAAAUAUCUCUGUGACUGGGAAGCCAUUUUAUCUCAGUUUUCCUAUCUGUAAAAUGGGGAGUCAGGUCAGUUGAGUGUUCAGGUCCCUCUAAAAGCUGAUGUAUCAUUUUUGACGAAAGUUGUUCUCUUUCUCUUGUGCCCAUGCCUUCAUUUUCUACCCUAGAGAAGGAUGGGGAUAGGCAUAAUUGGCUUAGACCUCUAUUUUUAUCCCUGGAGUAAACCUGUGCAUAUUUACAAAUUUUUCUGGUGCAUAGAGGUUUGGAGAUGAGUGUAUAAAUUGCCUUGUAUCCUGUUUGUAUGUCUUUUACUGAAAAAUAUUCUCGUCUUAUAGGCUUUUGGAUAGGAUGAGAAAUUCUGUCCUCACUUCACUAAAGUAGCCUCUACUGGGUAAAGGAAGGUUGCCCACAUGUACUCAGCCUUCUUUAAAGUGAAGCAUGCUGACAUUUUUUAAAAAAGGAAGGUCAACAAGUUGCUGAAAGAGCAGAUUCAGAAUGAUGGUCUCCUAGGACACUGCUAGCUUGAGAUUCCUCUGCUUUCUUCUUAGGAAUGGUUUGUGUUCCCUCCCUUCUUUUUCCUGUCCCCUCACCACUGCCCCCUCUAGACAAGGUAGUAUUAAUGAAAUCAUUUUAUGUGAAUCUACUCUCUAGUUUGAAUGCAAAGAUUAUUGAUGUUCUAGACAUGUGCACAUGGAACAUGAACUAUAAGGAAGAACCUGUUGACAUUGCUUGAUUUUGUUGGUUUGUUUUGUUAUUACUUGUAUACUUUCAAGUCACUCAGUCUCUGACACACAUAACAGUUAUCUCUUGUUCUAGCUGUUUUGCAUUUUUUCCCUAAAUUCAUUGUUUUUGCUUUUCAUUUUUGUUUCCUCCAUCCAGUAUCUCCAGAUGAAAUGGCCACUGCUUGAUGUUCAAGCAGGAAGCCUCCAGAGUAGACAAGCCCUCAAGGACGCCCGGUCUCCAUCCCCGGCACACAUCGUCUGUCCCCUCCCUUGCUGCACUCAGGGACAUGACUGUCAGCACUUCUACCCCCCCUCAGACUUCACUGUCAGCACUCAAGUCUUCAGGGACAUGAAAAGGAACCACUCCUUACAAAAGGUUGGGGAGCCCUGGUGUAUGGAGUCGAACAAAGUGCCAGUUGUGCAGCACCCUCACCAUGUACACCCUCUCACGCCUCUUAUUACGUACAGCAAUGAACACUUCACCCCAGGAAACCCACCUCCACACUUACCAGCCGACGUAGACCCCAAAACAGGAAUCCCACGGCCUCCGCACCCUCCAGAUAUAUCGCCGUAUUACCCACUAUCGCCUGGCACCGUAGGACAAAUCCCCCAUCCGCUAGGAUGGUUAGUACCACAGCAAGGUCAGCCUGUGUAUCCAAUCACGACAGGAGGAUUCAGACACCCCUACCCAACAGCUCUGACCGUCAAUGCUUCCAUGUCCAGCUUUCUGUCUUCUAGGUUCCCACCCCAUAUGGUCCCACCACAUCAUACUCUGCACACUACCGGCAUUCCCCACCCGGCCAUAGUCACACCAACAGUCAAACAGGAAUCCUCCCAGAGUGACGUCGGCUCACUGCAUAGCUCAAAGCAUCAGGACUCCAAAAAGGAAGAAGAAAAGAAGAAGCCCCACAUAAAGAAACCUCUUAACGCAUUCAUGUUGUAUAUGAAGGAAAUGAGAGCAAAGGUCGUGGCCGAGUGCACGUUGAAAGAAAGUGCAGCCAUCAACCAGAUCCUGGGUCGGAGGUGGCAUGCACUGUCCAGAGAAGAGCAAGCGAAGUACUAUGAGCUAGCCCGGAAGGAACGACAACUCCAUAUGCAGCUCUACCCUGGCUGGUCUGCACGGGAUAACUACGGGAAGAAGAAGAAGAGGAAAAGGGAUAAGCAGCCGGGAGAGACCAAUGAACACAGCGAAUGUUUCCUAAAUCCUUGCCUUUCACUUCCUCCGAUUACAGGAGAAAAAAAAAGUGCGUUCGCUACAUACAAGGUGAAGGCAGCUGCCUCAGCCCACCCUCUUCAGAUGGAAGCUUACUAGACUCGCCUCCUCCCUCCCCCAACCUGCUAGGCUCCCCACCCCACGAUGCCAAGUCACAGACUGAGCAGACCCAGCCUCUCUCGCUGUCCCUGAAGCCCGAUCCCCUGGCCCAGCUGUCUAUGAUGCCUCCGCCACCCGCCCUCCUCCUCGGCGAGGCCGCCCACGGCAAGGCCCCCGCCCUCUGU